UGGAAUAGGUAAACAAUAACCUCCUCACACAUGACAGCCCCCGUUAAUGUCGUGUAAAAUUAAUGGAAGAAAUGUCGUCGCGAUUCAUCUUGUGCUCGUGGUUGCUCGUAACGAUUUGCCGUUGCCACAAUGUGGUGCCGAGGGAAGUGGAUACGCUCACGCCCGGUCAAAUGUUGGAAAAGGAGUUCGGCAUGAAUCUGGAACAGAGAAAGAAGUACUUCCUCGAGUUGUUCGACAAGGGGAACGAGGAGGCGAAAAAGCGAAUGGAGGUGGAAAAAGCGGAGGCGAAGAAGAAGAUCCCGGUGGUGAUGGACAAGUUUAGGGCCGACUUGGAGGAGAAUGGCGAGUGGGUGUUCCAAGAGGUGGAAAAGUACAAGAAAAGCGAAAACCCCGAUCUGACCUGCAUUAGCGCCCACAUAAAAGACAUCUCGGCGGUAUCGCUAAAAAUUUCCACAGACGUGCAUCAGUGCAUCGAAAAAAACUUGAUGAAGGAAUAGAGUUGCGACGGCAAAUACGAAGACUCCCGCAAGGAUUCGCUUUCGAAACUAAACGACCAACACAUGAAAGAGUUGGAAACUUUAUACAAGAAAACCGAACCCAGCGAAUCAGACGCGGUUCGAACUCAGGCGGUGUUGCUCAAGAAGAAAGUGGACGAUCUGACUAACGAACUGAUGGGAUUCGCCAAGAAUUACGCUCGCGAAGAGGCGGAAAAGAAGAUCAAAGAGAUGCCUGCAUGGUUUGAUAAGUGCUCCGAAGGGCUCCUGAAGAAGUUCAACGAUCAGAACAAGCAGGAGGUGGACGCGAUAAAACUGUGCUCGAACAAGGAACCCGACGAUGAGGACGAUUACUUGAGCGCCAGAAAGGCCGCAACCGACGACGCUACCCGGAAAGUUACUCAUUCAUGGUUCUGUUUUAUGGCUGUUAUUUUACUCGUAAUAUAAAUAAAAAAUAAAUGUUA